GUUUGGCCACUUCACAUGACGCAUUCUAUGAUGGUUUCCACCUUGAGUUCAUUUGUUUCAUUUUUGAUUGCUACAUCAGUAACGAUCUUAGCAGCACCACAAUUUUUCUCCCAAAAAGUACCUACAUAUACUAAUGAACUCCCAACGCCAUAUGAAUAUCAGUACAAAGUUGAAAACCCACCAACAAACACUUUCUAUGGCAAGAACGAAGCUGGAGAUAUAGCAGGGAGAGUUGCAGGAUCUUAUUAUGUAUAUUUACCAGAUGGUCGUCUUAUGACAGUUGACUAUUCGGUAAAUGGAGAAUCUGGUUUUGUACCUAAAAUAUCUUUCUCAAGGCAAUCACCAUAUCAAGGAAGGAAGUAGAAGAAGAGACUAACAACAAUGUUAUAUUUUGUAAGAAUGAAUCAAAAAAGAAAUAUUAUAAUUCCAUGCAUCAUAUUUCAAGCAACUUCUUUUGUUUAAACAAUUUCAAAAGCAUGUAAUGAAAGCAAUAAACUCUUUCUCGCAGUAA